GAAGGGACCGUACCGGAAGUAAGUCUUAGCGGUACUUCCUUGUUUAUACUUGAGAAUGCUAGUGACAAACCGUAGUCCACGGUUACCACGGUUACCACGGUUACGUGUCCACGUUCCAUUCAUCCGAAUCGUGUCCAGAACUGCAGCUUGUGUUUCUGCGCUCAUCGGCGAACACUGUUAGCAUCAGUGUGUUGGCUCCGCGUUAGCUGAAGUUAGCGCUGUUAGCUAACGCCGGUGCGCGGCUUCAUAACUGCCGCAAACAGGAACUCCCGGUGCUCGUUGGUGGUCCGCGCGGGUCAGCGCUAACGACACGUCACGUAAACCGUAAACAUUAUGAUGAAACACGAGAGACCGUGUUCAGAAAAUCCACAGAGGCGGACUGAAGACAGACGCCCUCUAGCGGACUGUUCAACAGAUGUCCAGCAUAUGUUGGGGAUCAAAGAAGAAGUUCUCACUGAGCUGAUCACCAGCCCUGAUCAGGAGAACCCAGGGAAGCCUCGCAUCAAAGAGGAAGAGGAAGAGAUCUGGACCGAUCAGGAGGGAGAGCAUCUUCUGGAGGACGCUGAUGGCAAAAAGUUCUUACUCAAUAUCAUCUAUGUGAAGACUGAAGAUGAUGAAGAGGAAUCUCAGUAUUCACAUCCUCAUCAAAGUCAAACUGUGGAGAGCAGAGAGACGGUGUCUCCUCCAGACACGGGCCCUGCACCACCCAUGAAAACAGAAGCUGAUGCAAAUGACUCGUCCGAGACCGAAGACAGUGGUGACGAGUGCAAGGAGAGUGAAGCUCCUGAAAAACACCAACCACCGGGAUACACACAGGACGUCUGUGCAGGAGAGAAACCAUUUAACUGUGAUUUCUGUGGGAAAAGCUUCACCAAGAAGAGUGACGUCAAGAGACACACGAUGGUCCACACAGGAGAGAAACCCUUUAGCUGUGAUGUUUGUGGGGAAAGAUUUACACAGAAGGCCGUUGUUAAACGACACAUGAUGGUCCACACAGAAGAGAAACCCUGUAGCUGUGAUGUUUGUGGGAAAAGGUUUGCAAAGAAGAGUGACGUUAAGAGGCACAAAAUGAUUCACACAGGGGAGAAACCAUUCUGCUGUGAUGUGUGCGGGGAAAGAUUUACACAGAAGUCCAUUCUCACCAGACACAUGAUGGUCCAUUCAGAAGAGAAACCCUGUAGCUGCGACGUUUGUGGGAAAAGAUUUACAUACAAGUGCAACUUUAUGAAACACCUGAGGGUCCACAGUGGUGAGAAACCUUGUAGUUGUGAUGUCUGUGGGGAAAGAUUUACACUGAAGAGUUCUCUGAAGGCGCAUAUGAAAAUUCAUAGAGGAGAGAAACCACAAGAUUGUAAUAUCUGUGGGAAAAAGUUUACCAAGAAAAGUAAUCUUAAGAGACACAUGAUGGUUCAUUCCGGAGAGAAACCAUUCCGCUGUGACGUUUGUGAGAAAACGUUUACAAGGAGGUGGCAUCUUAAAAUGCACAUGAGGGCUCAUACGGGACAGAAAUGAGGGUGAAUUCAUUCACUUUAUAUUCUACUUUCAGAUUUCAGACACAAUUCACACAUAACCAACUCGUCAUUAUUAACCUCUCAACUCUUCUGAGGUGAAGGGGGCGGGGACUGUUGUGAGUGCUGCGCUGCCUUUAGGAGAGUGUGUAUGUGCACAUGCUAUGUUCAGUUAGACACUGAGUGUGUGCGCCUGUGUGUGUGUGUGUGCGUGUGUGUGCGUGCGUGUGUGUGACCAAGCACAAGUCAGCACAGACUUCCCAACACCAUGAACAACACUGUUAACAUGAGCUCUUAAUGAUAGUAUUUAAAAAGCCCAUAGUACUAUGUUACAGGACCGAUCCCUAAGUGUAAAGUAGCAUCCAACACUCAAUCAGUGUUUCAGCCACAGGGUGAAUGAGAAUGAAUGAGAAUGAAUGAGAAUGAAUGAGAAUGAAUGAAUGAAUGUUUCCUGCUGUAGAAAAAGCUUUGCUACAGUAAAUGAAAUCAAAGCUGCUCUGUCAUGAAUCCACUGAAUAUCACAGUGAUGGAAAUGACCAGAGUCAGUGAAUGUAUAUUGUUGUCUCUCCUGAACGCUGCAUUAGUCACACUAACUCUCAUGUGCUGUAGAAAAGACGUAAUAAUCCAUAUUCUUGUGAUUUUUGUCAGCGAAUAUUUUACAAAGAAGUCUGUUCUUAAGAGACGUGUUAUCAUUUAUUUACAAUAUUAAUAUCCUUUAUUUUCACACGAUAUUCAAAACAGUGGAGUGUAUUCACCUCAUAAAUAAUGAUGAGGUUCACUUUUCCACCCACUUUCAUGACAAAUAUUUCAGUUUGUGUCUGACAUGAAAUUUGCAUUGACAUUGUUCUCAAAUCUGUCAAAGUCUGUGUCGUGUGUCAAUGUAAAACACAGUAAAUAAUAAUA